CUUAGCGACAAUAUAUCCGAUUCUUGCCGUCCGCCUGUCAGUAGUUCUGUCCUUGACCACAUCGUAAAACCACUAACAGACGACCCGAGGUCACUCCUCAGGGGACAAUGGACGCCUUGCCCUUCCUACUAGUCGAUGAGGCCAUCAAGAAAAACAAAGCUUCUGUAAAGUUACAAGAGUACGUGGCCUUAAUGGUAUGGGAACGUGCACGUGUUGAGCAGACUUACAUCAAGAAUCUUACUGGAUGGGCGGAGAAAAUCGUAAAAGAAGGAAAAGAGUUCCAGGAUGACGAGGUGUUCCAAGUGAUAGCGGACAUUUUGCCCGGAGAGGCUGAACUGACCGCCGCUGCCCAUCAACGGGUGUACCACCAGAUGCUUGAGGACAGUGGACCCUAUAACAUCCUGUAUAGAGAUAUGGGCUUGAGAGAGGGGAUUUUCCACUACAACUGCCGAGGAGUCGUUGGUAUUGAGGAAGAAUUCGUUAAGGAAAACAGGAAGAGGGUUAAUUUGGAGACUGUGCACUCUCAGAGGAAGCAGGCAAUGCAGGACUGUAAAACCAAACUGGACACACUCGAGUCCCAGAUGACAUGCAGAAGUCGUCUGGCCACUCGACGGUCAUCCAAGGGCCGGAGAGUGGACAGUCUAAUGAACAAGAUGAUAGAACAGAAGCGGAGGUAUGACGUGGAGGUCGAGGGAUCAGAUGCGGCGGAGCGGGAACUUGAAUCGCUCUUUCAGGGGAAAAAGAUAACACUUCUGGAAAUGUUGAAGGAUUUAAACGUGUUGGAGAAAGAUAGAGUUCAGCUGAUUUUCAGUCAACUAAUCGAGUUCAUGACCCGGCUACGUCACAUCGAGAUGCCGGAAGAGAGCGCCACCAGGCGGCACGCGAUGAAUGAUAUGCUGAGGGCCCUGUCCAACGUCAACGUGCGCAGUGUUGCCGACGCUUCCUGGCAGAAGAUGGAGCGAGCUGCGAAGGCCCGUAAAGUCGGGGCCGUCUUUUCCCUCCGGGAUCUGGUUUCACCGAGUCCAGCCCCUGCCACUGCCCGGCCCCACGCCAUCUCUGUUGCCGUUCGGUCACCGUCCGGACCCCCUGGGAUUAUUUUACCCCCUAAUGGCGGGACACCGAUACCUCCCCCUGACACAAGAAAGAGCACGCGACCAUUUGGCAGGGGAAUCCGUCCUCGAGAUCGGGAGAAACGGACUAAACCCCCCAGAAACAAAAGUCCUGUAGUAAUGACGAGUGUGCACGUGUUCGAGCCACCGUCUGAUUCGUCCUCUGAAGAGUCGGUAUCCAAGGAGAUCCUGUUAAAACGACAAAAGAUACGUGAAGAAAAAGAACCAGAACGAGUCAUUCUUUUCACCAGGCCAGCGAUCUCGGAUACUUCGGUGAGGUCAGAUGAUAUAGAGACAAUCUACCUCCCGGAAGAAGAUAUCCCUGCCUACAAACCACCGGCUCCUUUCCCACCACGUCUCUUCUGCCCCAGUCUGUCUGAUGACGACGAAGACAGAGAAGAUGAUUUCGCUGACGAACCUAUCAUCGAAAACGCCAGUCCUGCUACAAGGUUUGCCUUUGAUGCUAGCAAUGUUCGGUUGUACGCCAAACCGUUGAGCAGUGAGUCCGAGGAGGAGUUAGAGGAGAAGGAAGGCGAGAAAGAAGAGGAUAACAUCGCUUUGAUGCGUGGAGUUAGAGUGAUUGCCCUGCAUCCGUACACCGCGCGAACGACAGACCAACUCUCCUUCAAACAAAACCAAGUGAUCAAACAGAAGCUGGGAGCAAACGACGAAGGUUUUGCAUACGGCUGGACACGAGAGACAAAACUGAGCCAAAAGCAACAUGGCUGGUAUCCUCAGGCCCUGGUCAAACUUAUGGUCCCACAGCCUGGGCGAUCAAACAAGCGGUCAGAAUAGGAGUAUUGGUGAAGCUAGUUCAUGAUCAGAUAUUAAGUUUAUACAAUUAUAUAUAUGAUUUUUAUACCGUUUUAAAACUUUUACGGCAACGAUUUAAUGUUAUACCGUUAAAACAAUUUUUAAAUUAUUUUAUUUAAUAUUAUUACCUUUUAAAUUGUUUUAUUGUUAAAAUUCUAUAUAUGUUUUUGAUUAAAAGUUAUACACAAGCAUAUAUAUGUAGUAUUCUGUUUCUAUAUCUGCUAACUUACCAUUGAGGUGUCUGCAUAAUUAUAUAUACAAAUAAAUACAUAUAUACAUAAC